GUCUUCCUCUCCAACGGGAGUAGGGACGUCAGCGAGGAAACUCUAGACUUCGCUGGAACCUUCCACGGUGGCUGCCGACGCGGAAUUCAAACCAACGCGACUUGCUCUCCAAGCCAAUAAGAAGCCUAUAAAUACCUCUUCGAUUCAGGAAUCUCAUAUCUUUGCUUCCGAGGAAGAAGAGAAGAGGAGGCGAGAGAGAUCGAUCGCUAUGGGAAGAGGAACGGAGGCGUUUCCUGAUCUGGGAGAGCACUGCGAGCACGAAGACUGCAGCCAACUCGAUUUCCUGCCCUUCACUUGCGAUGGCUGCAACAAGGUCUUCUGCUUGGAGCACAGGACAUACAAAGGCCACGACUGCCCCAACGCUGAACAGCACAGCCGGAUCGUGGUGGUGUGCGAGGACUGCUCCAUGUCCAUGGAUAAGAUGGCGGGCGAGGAGGCGGCGGCGAUCCUGGAGCGGCACAGGAGCUCCGGGUCCUGCGAUCCGGCCAGGAAGAGGAAGGCCAAGUGCCCCGUGAAGCGCUGCCGAGAGGUGCUCACCUUCUCCAACACCAGCACCUGCCAUGUCUGCAACCUGAGGACUUGCCUCCGGCACAGGUACGCUACUGACCACGGCUGCAAGCCAUUACUCCGCUUGCCGCCGGCGGCGAGGAAUGGAAUGGCUUGCAGAGAUAAAAACAGCAGCCUGCCGCAUUCUCCUCCGUCCAUUAGAGCUUAUUGAGGGAUGGUAGUUGCGUGCGGUGGAUUUGCUUGUGGUUUGGGGGGCAUUUGAUCUGUAUACUAAUAAUUGAGAUGGAAAUAAGAGGUGAAAAAUUCGUGUGUGAAGUUGUACUGACCGGAUGAUCAUUUCAAGAAAUAGUUCAUAUUAUUUCAACAAUA